AUGUUACUCAAAUCGGUCCUGACAUCUGCUCUCCUAGCCCUUUCGCUGGGAUCAGAUCUUGCGACCGCUUCUAAACAUGGACGCUUUGCAGAGAUAGCCCGUGCACCACAGGAGAAGGCUAAGCGGGUAGUUGAGGCUCGUAGCCAGAAAUCUCACAAAUCGGACAAGGAUUACCGCUUCUUGAGCAAGAAUACUAAGAAGUACCUGGUGGACUCCCUGCCGGAUGUUCCAUUUGAUAUCGGCGAGAUGUAUUCUGGUCUGGUGCCAAUUGAUAUGGACAAUAAAACCAGAUCGCUCUUUUUCAUCUUCCAGCCUACCAUCAACGCGCCUGUAGAUGAAGUAACCAUCUGGCUCAACGGUGGCCCUGGAUGUAGUUCGAUGGAGAGUUUCCUACAAGAGACCGGUCGGUUCAUCUGGCAGCCCGGUACUUUUGCCCCGGUGGAGAACCCUUAUGCUUGGGUUAACCUGACCAACGUGCUGUGGGUCGACCAGCCUAUCGGAACAGGUUAUUCCGUCGGCACACCAACUGCUAUUUCGCAAGAGGAGACAGCACAGGACUUUGUCAAAUUCUUCAAGAACUUCCAGACAAUCUUUGGAAUUAAGAACUUCAAGAUCUAUGUCACUGGUGAGAGUUAUGCUGGACGUUAUGUGCCCUACAUCUCAGCUGCGAUGCUCGACGAAAAAGACAAGGAGUAUUUCGAUCUAGAUGGUGCGCUGGCAUACGACCCGUGCAUUGGCCAGUUCGACACUGUGCAGGAAGAGUUGCCCGUUGUGCCCUUCGUCCACGCAAAUGCAAACCUGUUCAGCUUCAACGAAUCGUUCAUGGUGGAGCUCGACAAGAAGCACAAAUCCUGCGGAUACGAGGAGUUCAUCGACAAGUACCUCACUUUCCCGCCACCCGGAGUUCAGCCGCCCUUGCUAGGCAGCACCUUGCCCGACGAGUGUGAUCUGUUUACCCUCGUCAACAAUGAAAUCAUGCACAUGAACCCAUGCUUCGACAUCUACGAAAUCAACCAGAUGUGCCCACUCCUCUGGGACGUUCUCGCCUUCCCCACCUCUCUCGACUACAAAGCACCUGGAGCCAGCGUCUACUUCGAUCGCGCAGAUGUCAAGAAGGCACUGCACGCACCCAAGGGCACCUGGAGUGGAUGUUCCCUCGAGCCCGUGUACGUCGAUGGUAGCUCCGGCCCGGAGCAAGAAGGUGACAUCUCGGCGAACCCGAUCGAGCAUGUCUUGCCGCAGGUUAUCGAGGCUACUAACCGCGUUCUCAUUGCAAACGGUGACCUGGACAUGGUCAUCCUCACCAACGGCACGCUCCUGGCCAUCCAAAAUAUGACCUGGAACGGCAAUCUCGGUUUCCAGAAUAAGCCUAACAAGCCCAUCGAUAUCAAAAUUCCGGAUCUCAUGUACGCCAAGGUCUUUGCAGAGAAUGGUGAAACUGGUAUCGAUGGCCCUCAGGGUGUCAUGGGUGUUCAGCACUAUGAGCGUGGCCUGAUGUGGGCUCAGAGUUUCCAGUCUGGUCACAUGCAACCGCAGUACCAGCCUCGCGUGGCCUUCCGUCACCUUGAAUGGCUGCUCAGACGCACCGAGGAGCUCUAG